AUUUCUCGCCUCUGUUUUCCCCACUACUGCUCGCAUUUCUGCAGCUCCACCGCCUCCAGGAGGAGCCGCAGGCGAGAUGGCGCGCAGCAUCUCGCGGUCGCCGUCGCACCGGAGGAGGCGCUCCCGGUCGCCGGUGAGCCACCGCCACAGCCGCCGGAGCCGGCGAGAGAGGAGCCGCUCGCCCUAUACCAAUUCACACUCCAGUAGAAGGAGCCGUUCGGGUUCUUCGCGUCGCCGCAGAAGCCGUUCCUCAUCCUAUAGGCGGCGCAAAAGUCGGUCGCCGACGCCUAGGCGGCAUAGGAGGCAGAGAAGUCCUAGCAGCUCGUUGUCUCCCCCACCCAAGUCUCUCAGUCCGAGUCCUGCACCGGCGGAGCCGCCGGUUGUCACUGAGAAGCUGAAGAGAGAAGAGGACGAGAAGAAAAGGCUUCAACACGAGGCAGAAUUGAAGUUGUUGGAGGAGGAAACUGCUAAAAGACUGGAGGAAGAGAUUCGGAAAAAUGUAGAGGAGAAGUUGAACUCUGAGGAAGUUAAGUUAGAAAUAGAGAGGCGGACAGAAGAAGCUCGGAAGAAAUUGUUUGGAGACGUUGCAGCUCAACUUGAAAAAGAAAAGGAAGCUGCUUUAAUGGAGGCUAGACAAAAGGAAGCACAAGCUCGUAAAGAGAGAGAGGAGCUUGACCGGAUGCUAGAAGAGAACAAGAGGAGGGUGGAAGAGUCGCAGAGAAGGGAGGCUUUGGAGCAACAACGGAAGGAGGAGGAGCGGCAUCGUGAAUUGGAGCUAAUUCAAAGGCAGAAGGAAGAAGCUGCUCGAAGAAAAAAGUUGGAAGAGGAAGAAGAACGAGCAAAGCAAAUGAACUUGUCUGGUAAAAACAAGUCUCGGCCAAAAGUGUCAUUCGGUUCAUGAGCGUCAUUCUCAUGUUCGUGCACCUCCUUUUUUAAUUGGGAUGAUGACCAGCCCUUAACCAGAGCUAGUUGUAUGGAAGUAGAUGGUUGUCGAUCCUGUCAGGUCUUCUUAGUUUAAAAACUGGCCUUUGUAUUUGGUAUAGAGGAACUGCAUCUUCGGCCAUUCGACUUAGAUGAAGAGAUUUGAUAAUCUUCCUGAGUAACUUUUGUACCGUCUUAUAUAUUAUAUGUCACGAGAAGUUUUAAUUCGAUUCUA